UGAAUCGCUAGCGAGAUAUACAAGUUAAUUUAUCUAAGAUUUCACCUCCACAGGCUAAAGUAACUCUAAAUUAAACGUUAUCUACUAGAUGUAAUGAUGUUUUUUCUCGCUGAUUUUCAAUUGUAUUUUGCCUUUUGAUGAAAAUCAGAAUCAGUUGUCCUUAGCAAGCAAGCUAAGAUAGCGUUAGCUUGCUAGCUGCCUUUUUAAAGCCCAUUUUAAUCGUCAUUAGAGUUAACUGUCCAGGGUGCGUGUCAUGAUCGUUCACCAGUACAGCGAGCCUUUCUACACGUAUUUCAAAGCCUAAAUAUAAGAGCAGCGUAAGAAAUCAACCGUAAACCAGUCUGAAUUAAUGCGACUCGCAUUGCGAGGCGAGUGUCGGUUUGGGAUGACGGUUUUCUGAUGAGGUGUACCGGCUGAUCUGAGCGGAGGCCACCAUGGUGGACUUUCUGGCCGAGAACAACUUGUGCGGACAGGCGAUUCUGAGGGUUGUGUCUCGUGGGAAUGCCAUUAUCGCGGAGCUGCUGCGUCUCUCCGAGUUCAUCCCUGCGGUCUUUAGGCUCAGAGACAAGAGUGACCAACAGAAGUAUGGAGACAUCAUCUGUGACUUCAGUUAUUUCAAGGGUCAAGAAUACUAUGAGAGUAAGCUUGAGGCAAAGCCAGAACUUCAGGACCUGGAUGAGGAAUUCCGGGAAAACAAUAUUGAGAUACUGUCCCGCUUUUAUCUGGCUUUCGAAAGUGUCCACAAGUAUAUUGUUGACUUGAUAAGGUACCUGGAUGAUCUCAAUGAAGGCGUCUACAUUCAGCAGACCCUGGAAACAGUCCUACUGAAUGAAGAUGGAAAACAACUUUUGUGUGAAGCGCUGUACCUCUACGGAGUUAUGCUGCUCGUAAUUGAUCAGAAAAUAGAAGGAGAGGCCCGAGAGAGAAUGCUGGUGUCUUACUACAGAUACAGUGCUGCCCGCUCUUCAGGAGACUCCAACCUGGAUGACAUCUGUAAACUCCUGCGUAGCACAGGCUACUCCAACCAACCCGGGGCGAGACGUCCGCCCAACUACCCUGAGAGCUACUUCCAGAGAGUGCCCAUCAACCCCACGUUCCUCAGCAUGGUCAUAGGCCGGCUGCGCUCAGAUGACAUCUAUAACCAGGUGUCCGCGUAUCCGCUGCCCGAGCACCGCAGCACAGCCUUGACCACCCAGGCAGCCAUGCUGUACGUCUGCCUCUUCUUCACGCCCUCCAUCCUGCAGAGCCAGCAGGCCAAGAUGAGGGAGAUCGUCGACAAAUACUUCCCCGAUAACUGGGUGAUCAGCAUAUAUAUGGGGAUUACUGUGAACUUGGUGGAAGCCUGGGAGCCUUACAAAGCAGCUAAGACUGCCCUGAACUACACUCUGGAUUCAGCCAACAUUAGAGAGCAGGCGUGUCGCUACGCGGCCAGCGUGGAGAGCCUCCGUCCGCGGGUGCAGCAGCUGCUAAAGGAGGGUGUCCUGCGGGAGGAGAUGGUCCUAGACAACAUCCCCAAGCUGCUCAACUGCCUACGUGACUGCAACGUCACCAUCCGCUGGCUGAUGCUGCACACUGCGGACUCAGUGUAUGACUCAAACAACAAGAGACUGCGUCAGAUGAAGGAUCAAGCCAUCGCUGACUCCAAGUACAACCCUAAGAUCCUGUUCCAGCUUCUCCUAGACACAGCUCAGUUUGAGUUCAUACUCAAAGAAAUGUUCAAGCAGAUGUUGACCGAGAAACAGCUGAAAUGGGAGAGCUACAGGAACGAAGGCUCAGAGAGAAUGAUGGAGCUGGCAGAGGUGUUCUCUGGAGUCAAACCCCUCACCAGGGUGGAGAAGAACGAGAACCUCCAGGCGUGGUUCAGGGAGAUCUCCAAGCAGAUCGAAUCCUUGAACUAUGAAGACUCCACUGCAGCAGGGAGGAAGACUGUGCAGCUUAUCCAAGCGUUAGUAGAGGUGCAAGAAUUCCACCAGCUGGAGUCCAACCUGCAAGUGUGCCAGUUCCUGGCCGACACGCGCAAAUUCCUGCACCAGAUGAUCCGCACGAUCAACAUCAAAGAGGAGGUGCUGAUCACCAUGCAGAUCGUGGGGGAUUUGUCUUAUGCCUGGCAACUUAUAGACAGUUUCACAUCCAUCAUGCAGGAGAGUAUCCGAGUGAACCCCUCCAUGGUCACCAAGCUUCGAGCCACGUUUCUGAAGCUGGCCUCGGCGCUGGACCUUCCCCUGAUGAGGAUCAACCAGGCCAACAGCCCAGACCUGCUCAGCGUGUCCCAGUUCUACUCUGGGGAGCUGGUGGCCUAUGUCAGGAAGGUGCUGCAGAUCAUUCCGGAGAGCAUGUUCACGUCCCUGGCCAGAAUUGUCAAGCUGCAGAUCCAUGACAUCAUGGAGGUGCCAACACGCCUGGACAAGGACAAGCUGAAGGACUACGCCCAGCUCGGGGCGCGUUAUGAGGUUGCCAAACUCACGCAUGCCAUUUCAAUCUUCACGGAGGGAAUUCUGAUGAUGAAAACGACACUUGUUGGCAUCAUCAAGGUGGACCCCAAGCAGCUGCUGGAGGACGGUAUAAGGAAGGAGCUGGUUAAACGAGUGGCCUUCUCCCUGCACAAAGGCCUCAUCUUCAACCCCAAGGCCAAACCCAGCGAGCUGAUGCCCAAGCUGGAGGACAUGGCGGCCACCAUGGAUGGCUUCUACCGCUCGUUUGAAUACAUUCAGGACUACGUCAGCAUCUACGGCCUGAAGAUCUGGCAGGAGGAGGUGUCGCGCAUCAUCAACUACAACGUGGAGCAGGAGUGCAACAGUUUCCUCCGGACAAAGAUCCAAGACUGGCAGAGCAUGUACCAGUCAACACACAUCCCCAUUCCCAAGUUCCCUCCCGUUGACGAGUCCGCCACAUUCAUCGGUCGUCUCUGCAGGGAGAUCCUGAGGAUCACCGACCCGAAAGUCACGUGUUACAUCAACCAGAUGAACACCUGGUACGACAUGCGUACGCACCAGGAGGUGACCAACCACCGGCUGUUCUCGGAGAUCCAGAACACGCUGGGCACCUUCGGCCUGAACGGCCUUGACCGCCUCCUGUGCUUCAUGAUCGUGAAGGAGCUGCAGAUGUUCCUCACAGUGCUUCAGAAGAGCAUCCUCAAGGACAAAGUGAUGGUUGAUGUUUUCAAAACCUUCCUGAAUGCCGUGAACCCAGUGAAAGGCAUUGUGGCCUCUGCAAGCAAAGUUUAUGCCAAUGCUGUAGCCAAGACGCAGAAGAUCUGGCCGACCUAUCUGGAAUCCAUCACGAAGGUGGGUCAGAUGCAGAUCCUGAGGUUGCAGAUUGCCAAUGAGCUGAGCUACUCCUGCAAGUUUGACUCCAAACAUCUCGCAGCUGCCCUGGAGAAUCUCAACAAAUCUUUGCUUGCUGACAUUGAGGCGCACUACCAGGACCCAAGCCUGCCUUACCCCAAGGAGGACAACACCCUCUUGUUCGAGAUUGGUGCCUACCUGGAAGCUGCGGGGAUCCACGACCCGCUGAACAAAAUCUACAUCACCACCAAGCGCCUGCCUUACUUCCCCAUCGUCAACUUCAUCUUUCUCAUUGCCCAGCUGCCCAAGCUGCAGUACACCAAAAGCCAAGGUAUGACGUGCCGCCGGGCGACGGACCCUGUGGACUGGGUCCCACUGGUCCUGGGUUUGCUCACCCUGCUGAAGCAGUUCCACUCCCGGUACGCAGAGCAGUUCCUCGCACUCAUUGGCCAGUUUAUCCGCUCCGUGAUGGAGCAGUGCACCAGCCAAAAGAUUCCAGACAUGCCACCAGAUGUGGUUGGAGCACUGAUGUUUUUGGAGGACUAUGUGCGCUAUUCAAAACUUCCCAGAAAGGUGGUUGAAGCUCAUGUCCCAAGUUUCAUUUUCGAUGAGUUCCGAACCGUGCUGUAACGUUUCCCCUUUUGCUCAGUAACAAAUCCUUUUGCAAUUCUGCCAUUUCUGCAAUUCUAUCAUUUAUGGUAGUUUUGCUUUUUUCCUUUGUCUUUCAUUUUUUCCUAAUAAUGAAUCAAUUCAUUCUAAAAGUAUUCUGUAACAUUUUCAUUAGUCUUUCCUUGAUUUCUUUUACACAGUAAGUACACAAAGUGUAUAGAUGUUUAUGUAAUAAAAUUGUAUAAACGUA